GCUUGCCACGUGACCGGGGCUCGGGCCGCCCUGCCGAGGGCGAUGCCCAGUAGGAAGCGGAAGCGGUUUUGGAAUGCGGAGUGCACAUCUUUCCCAGAUGAGACAACCCUACAGCUGAAAAAAUCAAGUCUCAGGACAUCAGUGGCUGCUGCUUCGAUUUCCAAUGCGUGGCUUAGGUGUGGGGAUGGCUUUCAGAGUACUUCUGUGCUGGAGUCAUCGAGACCUGCUGGUAAUAAAUCUAAGAAGCACCUUGGACCACUCUUAACAACUGCAGAAAGCCCAAUAGGAUCUGCUGCUGAAAGCUCUAAGGAGGCUGAAGACAUAAUUUGGACCUCUAGUGGCAGUGAUUUUUCAGAUAAUGAAAAUAAAGCAUCGAUUUCCAGGUUACACAGUAAAAAAAGUCUCACUUGCAAAGUAGAGGAGUCGCAGGACAGACAUUUUUUCUUAGAGGACAGAAGUGAUGAAGACGAAUCAGAGCUUAUUGACUGGGAGAAGGAUAGUGAUUCUACAGAUGAAUGUGAUGAAUCUGAAAAAGAUGACAGCUCACUGGAGAUAUCUGACACGGACUCCUGCACAAAUCUUAAUUCUCUACCUGUCAAAGAGGAGAAUGAUGAGCUUUGUAAGUUGACAGAAAUUUCUGAAUAUUCAUCUGACAAUGACUGUGUGGAAGAAACGGACACGCAGGCCACUGAUCCAGGAUUCAUUAAGAAAUUGCAGUUGAGUUUCCCAUCAAGUAUGGGAGAAGUUGCAGCAAGACCUGCCAGUGACUGGCUCAAGUCUGCACAGGCCCUUCUACAAACACCUAAGAAACAGUCAGGCAAGGCCUCAAAAACCCCAGAAGAUUCUGCUAAAAAGAGGAAAUUACUGAGGGGAGGGCUGGCUGAGAGGUUAUGUCGACUGCAGAACAGAGAAAGAUCUGCUAUUAGCUUUUGGAGACAUCAGUGCAUUUCAGAUGCUAAAAUCCCAUCAGAUAAAUCUGGUGUUUUAAUUGUGAAGAUCUUAGAAAUGUUUGAGGAGUGUAUGAUACAAGUUGCCAUCUGCCAGCAGCUGGAAGAGUCUCCUGCUAUCGUUUCAUCCAGAGACCUUGUCAUCCAUACAAGAGAACCAAUACUUAAAGUCCUUUUUGCAAGAGAGACAGCAGCUCACCUGAAGAGUAGGCCACAGGAUGUCAUCCACAUCUAUCCCCCAUGGCAAAAACUACUUCUCAAGAAUGCAGAUAUUCCCGUUAUCAUGAAUACAUAUUUCAGUCAGAAGGUACUACUCAGUGAGCACUUAGAAACAAGCAAGACACAGGGUCCUACAAAGAUGCUUAUUAGAAAGAAUAUUAUAUCUUUGGCACAGACAUUCAAACUAGAUGACCUUGACAAUAAGCAACCCCAGGAAUCUCCAGAUAAUCAGGUGGCUUGUGCUCCACAAAUCCAUGACAACUGUGAUCCUAAAAAGCAUCCCUUAGCACUGAGUGCUGUAAAUGAUUCGCUGCUUGAAAUGGUGGAAAGCCAAGGAGCAGUGGGAUGGAGAGAAGUGCAGGUACGAGUCGUUAUCCAAAGGGUGUACUAUUUGCCCGCAAGAGAAGGUUUCAGAAGCCAGAUUCAAGGAAACAAGCCUAUCUAUGCCACACCCAUCAUAAAUUCAGAUCCACUAAAUGUUAGGUUGUGCCUCCUUGUCCAGGAUGCCUAUGGCAUGUUCAGUGAAGUACAGCUACAGUGUUUGGAUUCUGCAGAAGACAUUGAGCAGUACUGCAAGAGAUGGGAAGGAAAAUUCUGCUGUUUAGCUGGAAUGAAAAUUUUGCAAAGAACCACAAGAGGAAGGGCGUUAGGACUUUUUAGUCUGAUAGACAGUUUGUGGCCUCCAGUAGUGCCUGUAAAAGUUCCUGGACAAAGUCAAGACCCUGAAAUGAUGACAACUAAUCUUCCUCCUCCCAGCUUCUGUUAUGUUCUGACUGUUCAGUCUGGUGAAAUACACAUGGAAGUGGAUGAGGAAGAGAGGAUUUCUAAUUUGUACCAGCCACCAACCGUGCAUAAUCUGAAGGAAAUUCUUCAGAUGAGUGGUUGUAAUGAGCGUUGUAGCUUUUGGGCACGAGUACUGUAUCUAAGGCCACAGACAAAACACAGCGUGCCUAUAAACCAAAGAGAGAUGUUGUUGUUUGUGACUGACUUCAGUUUGCAAAGUGUAGUUCAUGGAAUUCCAAAAGUUGUUGCUGUGUCAGUCACUGCAUCAUGCGUUCUCAGUAUGGAAAUCAUAGAAGCCCUCAAUGUUGCCUCGCGAUUCAUCUUCUUCAAGGAUGCCCUGUGGGGAAAUGGUAGGAUUAUUUGUGUUGAACGUACUGUUCUCUUAUUACAAAAGCCUCUUUUGUGCUCGGCUGCCGAUGCUGACCUCAGUGAGCUGCCUGGCCCUGUCAAACUCGAUGAGCUGGAUUCUACCACACAGGCCAAUUCCAUUUGUGCUGUGAGAGGUACUGUUGUUGGAGUUAAUGAGAGCACUGCUUUCUCCUGGCCCACGUGUGACAAAUGUGGCAAUGGAAAGUUGGAACUGUAUCCCCAGGACAGUGGACUGCUAUAUUGCAACCAGUGCUCUGAAGUUGUCAUUUCACCAGUUUUGAAAAUGCAGCUGGAAGUCUUCUUGAGUUGUCCAUUCCAAUCUCAAACUACAGUAAAAGUAAAGCUGCUACAAAGAACAAUCUCUUCUCUCCUGAUGUCUGCUGCCAAUGAGGAUGGGCCCACAGCCCAGGUCUUUCCUGUACUGAGGACCCAGACCUGAGCUCUGUGCUCCAGCUGCGGCCUCAGCUCACCCCUUGGCCUGCUGGCCAUGCCGUCAUCACACAGCCAGGACACCACCAGCUGCUUUGCUGCAGGGGCAUGUUGCUGACUCAUGUUCAACUUUCACGGGCAGAGAAGCAGAGGCAAGAACUUGGAUCACUCAGACUGCUGUGUACCUGAGGCACUAAGCCUCUUUGCCUUGGUAAGUUUUACAGAGCAUUAAAAAAUGUUAUAAGCAUCUGAAUUUCUAUAAAAGCUGGUCCUGCUUGAGCAUAGAAGACAAAAAGAAACAAGGAAACUCUCUGGGAAUGUUCUGGAGAGAACAGACAUGCUUCACUCUGCAGUGCCAGCUGUGACUCCCAGCACCCCGAGGAAUGGCAGUGCAACCACAGCACUAGAUGUGGGGACAGCCCACAGGGAAGGCAAAGAACCGGGGUAAGGCUUCAAUCCUCCCCCUCCUCCCGGAGCUCUCUUGCCCAGACAGAGGUACAGCACUGUGCCAGGGGGGCUGGGAGCAGCGGGGCCUUGGAGGCCUUGCCCAGCCCAGCAACGGAGCAGCCUCCGGGGAAUCCUGAUCAGUGGGCUGGGAAAGGCAGCUGUAGAGGGGGGUGAUGGGAUGGAUUGAAAUAGGAAAUACCUGAGCAUGACAUGCAGCAUGCCUAAAUUUCUUGGUCAUCUAAGAAAGCAAACUGGGGGCUGGAGUUGGUUUUCCUCCACAGUGAGUAGAUGACAUUUAAUUAGAGGGAAAUUAUAAGAUUGACAGGGGCGUCAGCAGUGAGCUUAAAGGGAGCACUACUCUGUACGUUAACAGAAACCUACUGAGAGUAUAAGCUAAUGGGCUGCACAGCUUUUCAGAUACAACUAAUGCACUUCCAGCUACAGGCUGCAUCUGGCUGUUUAAUCGAGGAAGGAAAUGCCCUGCUGCACUCGUGGACAGCUGCUGGGUUGUGCUGUGCAUCAUGAGACCUGUGGCACUCUCCGCCUUUGAGCCCUGCGUUAUUCCAUUCUUUUCUGGAACCAGAACAAAACCACCCUGCGAAGCACAGCGCCCAGCAGCCUGAGGUUUUCCUUAUGUCACUGCUUUCCUUCCUCCUUCAUGGAUUGGCUUCAGUCUUCCCUUUAACUUCUGUAUUCUAUUUAGAGCACUCAAAUGAGGACUGUGGAUGACAACUGCAGUUUACAUAUGUUGGAGGUUAGUUUCGGGCUCAUAUAGCUGCAGAGAAAGCCUGCUCAUUUUCUGCUCAUUAGGGUAAUUGCGCUCGCUUUGCAUGGGAAGUGCUGGCGUGAAGGCAGCGGUUUCAUGCAGACUUUGUUCCACGACUGCUUGGUGAGGCUGACAAACACAUCGCUAAUAGGACUGAGGUAGCAGUGGCUUCCAAUUACAGCACUUAGUUUAGGGCUAGAACCAGUUUCAUAACUACUUGGAGGGGUUUCUAUAAGUGCUGUAGGCAUCUCCCAAAGGCUGUCAAGGCCCGUGGUGUCAGGGCGACUUGCACCACAUUCCUCCUUAGGUCCAGCCCAGGAGGAGACCCGCCAAGCAGCGACGUCCAGCGCUGCUGCAGGUAUCAAAAGUCACCACGCGAAGAGCCUCGUUAAACUGUAAACCUAAACUUUGUCCUCCGCGGUGCAGGUCAAAGUACCUCGUACGUAUCAGAGGUAUGUGCCAAAAGUGCCAUUUAACACCUCCUACAAGCAGCCACUUCAUCGCUAAAUACCUCCUGGCCUUUUCAUGUCGCUUUUUAUUGGGCUCUAACUUUCUUACAUUUGUAGACUGACAACCUGAGAGCCGAGCGUCACUCACGGUGCCACCUGAUUUAGAGCUGCUCGUGAGGAGAACACACAUGCGUGUAUAGAAAAACAGACUGCAGUGCACACUUGUGGAAAAAACCUGUCCUCUAACCCCCCCACCUGCACUUAUGGGUACAUUCUGCUGUUUUCAGCUAAGUGCCCCAAACUAACUUAAGAAGUGAGCGGCGCAUCUGAAGGCUUAUUUCGAAUUUUUAAGUAAGUGAGGUCUUUUCUGUAGUACAAAACAAGGUAACAAACAGCAGUUACUGCACCACUGCCAGCUCCCCCUCCACCUGCAGCCUCCCCCUUCCCACCUCCCUUAGGCAGGCCAGGCCCUGCUCCCCGGCGUGCGGUGCACUGAGCCACAGAGGCAGGCAGGAACGCUCCCGAGCAGUGAAAGGGCAAAGACUCACUUUUAUUACACCUUUUAUGAUAAUUAUUAAAAACAUCAAUGGAAGUUAUCUUCUGCGUUGAACUCUGGGUAACAAAUAACCACAGUGUUUUAAGAGAGCUAUCUCGCCCCCUCAUUGCCUGUGCUGUACCUGCCACCAAGGUUACCCGAGAGCUGCCAGCGAGAAGAGCCAAACCUCGCACGGUUCCUCAGCUUUGUCACACACAAAUACCAAAGUGCAACAGCCAUUACUUCGCUGUGCUGCAGGUAUAGCAAGGAGCCUGCAGUACUCUGCUGCGCUGGCAGUGCCUGCUUUUGGCUUUGGCUUUCCAAAGUAAUUUGGCAUGAAUAAAAAAUGAGGACUGCAGACCUCUGUGAAGUACAGAGGUCACAGACCAAAAUGCCUACAUGUUAAAAACCAAUCUGCUGUAGCAAACCGUGCUAUCUCAUCACUGCUUUCUCAUCGUCCAGAAAUGAAACAGCCGUCCAGAUACUUCAUAUAGCCAUCCAGACUAUAUAAAAGAUAUUUUGUUUAGUUA